AUGCCCGAGUCCGACGACACGCGCUGGGGGAGCCCAAGCUUCUCGCCCCAGGCUUGGCUCAACGCCUCGCUCCGCGAGGCGUCGUCGCGGCCGCCGGACGCCGGCCCGGCCGAGCCGCUGGGCGUGCGGCUGUCGGUGCUGCUGACCAAGCUGCAGCUGCAGGCCGCCGAUGUCGACACGGCGAUGCAGGAGGCGUCGCUCACGCUGGCCCACAUGGCGCCGAGCGUGGCGGCCGACGUCGGCGCCGCGCAGGAGCAGGCGCGCAGCACGAGGGGCGAGCUGGCCGCGCUGAUCGAGCAGGCGGCCGCCAUUGAGGCGUCGUCGGCCGCGGCCGUGCGCGAGAUCCGGCAGGUGCUCUCCUUCCAGCAGGCGGUCGCGGCCGCCGGCUCGACGCUCGCCCACGCCGACCAGACCCUGCGCGCCCUCGACGCCGCCGAGCGCUCCUUCUCGCGCGGCGAUUCCGCGGCGGCCGCCGCGUCGCUCUCGACGGCGCGCGCGCGGCUAUCGGCGCUCGGCGGGCAGGCGAGUCGGCUGCUGCCGACGGCGGCGGGCCGGACGGACGCGCUGGUGGCGAAGCUUGAGGACGGGCUGCGGCCCGCGCUCCUCGAGGCCAUCUCGGGCCGCCAGCCCGCCGAGGCGUACAUUACCCGCGUGGGGGAGCAUUUGUUGGGCAUGUUCCUCCUCCUCGAGCCAUACGCCGCCGGCGCCGCCCUCUGCGAGUUGCACGCGGACUUGCGCGCGCCGGCCGAUGAGGAGGAGGACGCAGAUCUCGAGCCGGAGCGCGCCAACGUCGUCGCUUGGAUGGGCGCGGUGGCGACGCGCACCAAGUCGCUGCUGCUCGCUGCGGUCGAGGCAUUGCCGGCGCUCUCUGCCGCCGGCGCCAAGCAGUUGGCCGCCGACGUGGGCUAUUUGUCCAACAUUUUCGCCGCGGGCCUAUCGCUGCCGCACGCCGAGCUCACCGAGCUCGAGGGUUUGCUGACGUGCGAUUUGGCGGGUCUGCCGGCGAUUGCGGAGAGCGCCGUCGCGCUGCGGCCAGCCUUUGCGGCCGCGGUGGUGACCAAGCGUCAAAGCUAGCAGAAGACGUGCCUGUGUGGUUAGAGAGAGUGAGAGAAGCAGAGAAGGACAGCACACAUAAGAAUAACGAAAUUGAGACCU